AUGGCUGGUGUCCAGGGUCAGGAUGUCAUUCGUUGUGAGCUAUGUCCAAAUCCUGUGGAAAAUCACUGCAAUCUUUGUCAUGUGGAUCUCUGCCUCUCUUGCAUACCAAAUCACAUGGGUGACAAAUCAAGAAAACAUGAAAUCGUUGAAUACGCUUCAAGAAAAAAAGAAACUGUUUUCCUACCCACCUGCUCCUCACACGCAAAUAACCAUUGCGAAGCGUACUGCGAAGAUUGUGAAACACCCAUAUGUAUACUACGCUUGAUGGGUUUACACAAAAACCAUGCAUUCACCCAUAUUAAUGAGAGUCUUCAAAAGGAGAAACAGCAUAUCAUAUCCGACACAGAAGAACUGGAGAAUACAAUUCUUCCAAACUACAGAAACGUUAACCAAACUACAACGGCUGCAGACUUUGACAAAGUUCUGUCUACUAUAGAAGAACAAGAAGAAAAAAAUUGCAAUGCUGUGCAUAAAGCAGGCAUUCAACUUAAAGACAAUGUAGUGGAAGAGAAAAGAACGGCUUUAACUGAGAGCAAGGAAAACCAGUCUUUGUCAGAUAAAACUGAAAAAGAACUUGAUCAAGUUAUUCAGAAAAACAAAGAAGUUCUUCGAUGCAAUGACGCUUCAACUAUAAUGAACUACAGAUCAAGAAAUGGUGAGUUCCGAAAAGGUCCUGAAUUACCAAUAAUUCCUCGCUAA